AUGGCGCAGAGUGGCAGAGAGCAAGGAGCGGCAAGCGUGUGGCGUAAUGGGUGGGUGGUAAAGAGCGCGGUGCAGACGUGGCAUCUGCUACGGUUCAAGGAGGUGGUUCUCGUCCGACGGAGGUGGCUCUCGAGCGUGGUCCAGCUCCUCCCGCCGAUCUUCCUUCUCUCGCUUCUGUUUAUCCUCCAACAUACGGUGGUACCUGAGGCUCCCUCGCUCAACCCGCCUGCUGUCCCGUUCCCGUCCGAGUUUCCGUCUUGCUCCCCGCGGAAAGGCGCUACGUGUCUGGAUCUGGUCUGGGGCCCAGAGAGUGAUCCGGUGGCGGCCGGUAUCGUGGCUUCGUUUGGCGUGGCCGAAGCAAAGCAGAGAGCCUUUGGCUCGCGGGACAAGCUCAUCGAUUGGGUCAUCGCCCAUCCAAACACCACCUCGGCGGCGGUCUACUUCAACUCGACAGGCGAGGCGCGGGUGAGCAUUCCAAGUCAGCCCGAAAAGCUGGCCCGGGCGCUGCGGGUGGAGAUCCUGACAAACUCGACAACCAAGGCCGAGCUGUGGCGGCCGCGGAUUCUGCGCCUGGUGCAGGAGCAGUUGAUGGGGGCAGCGGUGUCAGCCAACGGGAGCGCGCUGACUGCGGGCGACCUUGGGAAGCCGUAUGUCCUCGACUGCGCUUGGCAGGAGAUCCCGAUUCUGGCAACGUCGCCCAAGACCAAUGCGGUGCAGAUCGGCGGGGCGUCGUUUGUCUUUACCGGCAUUGCGUUUGCCAUGAUUGCCAUGAUGCGUGGGGUGGUGGCUGAGCGCGAGAGUGGGCAGCGGCUGAUGCUCAAGACGAUGGGCGUGGUGGACGGGGCGUACUGGGCGGCGGGCUACGUCGUCAACGGAGUGCUGGCAUGUGUGGCGGCACUGCUGACGUACGUUACGGGGGUGGCGUAUCGGUUCACGCUCUUUACGCAGACAAACGGCGGCGGGCUUGUCCUCCUGCUAGUGUGCUUCGGGCUGGCGACGGUGCCGCAGGCGUUCUUUGGCUCGGCGAUGGUGGGCAAGUCGCGGACGGCGCUCAUUGUGGGCAUCCUCAACCUUGUGGUGGGGAUGAACGUGGUGGCCGUCUUUGCGUCCAACUCGCUCAUCUACCUCUUGUGGAAGUCGUCUGUCCAGGCUUGGGGCCGUGCUCUCCUCCUCAUCCUCCUCCCUCCGCUCUCGUUCACCAAGGUUUGGGUCGACAUGGUCAACGUGACGUACGGCUACGCCGACUUUGGCGGCGGCUCGCGGAUCUCUGCGCGGCGGUUUGAGUGGGCGGACAUGCAUCGGACAACUGCGGCGGCCAAGGCUUUCGACGCCGACAUCGACGCGCCGCCGAUUGAGAGCAUCUACAUGCUGCUGGCGUCUGCAGUAGUGUACGCGGUGGCGACUUGGUACGCCGACCAGGUCUUCUCCACCUCGCUCGGACUCCGGCGGCCAUUUUACUUUUUCGAGCGGAUUGAGCUGCUGGAGAGCGAUGCAGACGAUGUGGCGCGAGAGAUGCGGGCGGCAGCGUCGAUGAGCUCAGUGCUCUCGUUGGUCGGGGUGGUCAAGGUGUUCCAGCCGUCGCUGAUGGAACGAGUGUGGCUGUUGCGGGCAGUGUACAUGGUGACGGUGGGGUGGAUGGCGGCGGUGGUCCGGUGUGCGACAGGCUCAUCUAGGCAGAAAUCUUCAUCUUCGGGGCCUGUCCGCGCUGUCGAUGGACUCUAUCUCAGCGUGGGCGAGGGCGAGCUCGUUGCGCUGCUGGGGCACAACGGAGCAGGUAAGACGACGGCGAUGAGCAUUGUGACGGGUGGGCUGCGGGCCGACUCGGGCGUGGUCCGGUACAGCAUUGACGGAGUCGAGUACUCGGUGGCGGCGCACGGCGACGAGAUCCAUGGCCUUGUCUCAAUCUGUAGGCAAGCGGACGUGCUGUGGGAUGAGCUGAGCGCGGCCGAGCACGUUGCGCUUUUCUGCGUGCUGAGUGGUGUGGACGAGAGCGAAGUGGCGAGCGUAGUGGACGACGCGCUCGCGCGAGUCUCGCUCGGGAGCAAGGCCCACGAACGGGCCGGCACAUUUUCGGGUGGGAUGAAGCGGCGGCUCUCUGUGGUGUUGGCGCUGGUGGGCCCGGCGCGGAUGGUGCUCCUCGACGAGCCGACAACCGGCCUCGACCCGCUGCAUCGGCGUGAGGUGUGGGAGAUGAUUGAGGAGGCCAAGGCCGAGAAGAGCAUUCUCCUCACAACGCACUCGAUGGAAGAGGCCGAUGCGCUCGGUGAUCGGAUUGCGAUUGUGUCUGCCGGGCGGCUGAUGGCGAUCGGCGACGCCAUGGAGCUCAAGUCUCGGUACGGGCUUGGGUACCAUGUCAAGAUCAUGUGCGCGCCAGAGGCGUCCGAUGCGAUCGAGGCCGAGAUCAUCCGGCUCGGCGGCGAGGUCCAUGACGCGGUGGCAGGCUCGAUUGCCGCCUCUGUUCCACGGGUGAACCUUGUGGCGGUUGUGGCCCGGUAUCUCGAGGAGCGAAUGGAGUCUGGCAGCGUGGUGGACUUUGCCGUCUCGCACACAACACUAGAAGAGGUUUUCCUGAGGACCGCGCGACUGGAGUGA